CUGAUUUUGAGGUUAUGUUUUCUCAUUUCUGCUGUCUUUUUGAUGUAUUAAAAUGUUGAAACUAAAUAUUAGUUCAAUUUUUAAUAAAAUAUUUCAUAAUUUAAAGUUUAUGAGCACAGUUCGAACAGCUGUACUGUUAGAUGAAAAAGUCAACGAAGAUAUACAGAAUGCAAUAUAUAAACCACGUAAACAUCCUGGUGUUAUGAAAUAUAAAAAUGUUCAGCUUCCAAUUGAGUAUAUCAAGGCAAUGGAAAAUUCUAUACAAGAUUUUCCAAUAAAGAAAUUAGUAAAUGAUGGCCAAGAAUUAAACAGAUACUUAGCUGGAAGACACCCGCCUCCCACACAGCUCGAAAGGCGAGAUAAAUAUGAACAAAUUAGAUUAAAAAUAUUAGAAAAGUCAAAAUAUAAAUUUACUGAUGACAUGCCGGAAGAAGAAAGAGUUAAACAAGAGAAAUUCUUACAUAAUGAAGUAAUGGUAAAAUGUAAUAAACAAAUAUAUGGCUGGAAGCCAAUGUCGUAUGAUGAUUUGGGAGCUCUGACUUAUAUGUUUGGAAGAUCUGCUCAGGAAUAUGCUGUACUUGUUAGAAUUUUUGGAGAAAUAUAUGACAGGGUUCCUGAUUUCAAACCAAAAAGUUUCUUGGAUUUUGGGUCAGGUGUAGGUACUGGUACAUGGGCAGUAAACCAUUUUUGGAAAUCAAACAUUUUUGAAUAUUUUUGUGUUGAUUCAUCAAGUUCAAUGAACGACUUGGCUGAUAUUAUUCUCAAAGGUGGCCGGGGGAAUAAACUGAACCCUAUAAAAGGAAUCUCAUAUAGACAGUUUUUGCCUGCAGCAAGAGAGAUCAGAUACGAUAUAGUCCUAUGUGCCUACACCCUUUUUGAAAUGUCGACACCAGAAUUGCGUUUGGAGAAACUGGUAAAAUUGUGGAACAAAACUGAACAAUUUUUAGUUAUCGUAGAAAUGGGAACGAAUGCUGGAUUUAGAUUGAUUUCUGAAGCACGAGACUUUCUGUUGCAAUAUGAUGCAGAAAUAUUCGCCCCGUGUCCGCACUCCAAACCAUGUCCACGAUUCAUGACAGAUGAAACCCAUGCAAUUUUGAAUUCUGAAAGAGAAGAAUCGAUCAGAAAUCUUAAUAUUGACAAGAAAGAAAGUACAAGCGAUGAGGUUAAUGUGAAAAGUGAUGAGGAAGUAUAUGAUGACAAGGGUGAUUCUGUUACUUGUACUUGGCCGAGAAUAGUUAGGCCCACUUUGGUGAGGUCGAAACACACCGUGUGCAGAAUGUGCACUUCUGAUGGUCAAUUAAAAGAAGUCGUUGUUACUGCUGCUAAACAUGGAAAAACGGCUUACCAUUGUGUGAGGUCGAGCAAAUGGGGUGAUUUGUUACCCGUUACUUUAACAGAAGUCGAGAAAAAGUCAAGAUUUAGUCAUAUUUUUGAAUAUUUCUGUGUUGAUUCAUCAAGUUCAAUGAACGACUUGGCUGAUAUUAUUCUCAAAGGUGGCCGGGGGAAUAAACUGAACCCUAUAAAAGGAAUCUCAUAUAGACAAUUUUUGCCUGCAGCAAGAGAGAUCAGAUACGAUAUAGUCCUAUGUGCCUACACCCUUUUUGAAAUGUCGACACCAGAAUUGCGUUUGGAGAAACUGGUAAAAUUGUGGAACAAAACUGAACAAUUUUUAGUUAUCGUAGAAAUGGGAACGAAUGCUGGAUUUAGAUUGAUUUCUGAAGCACGAGACUUUCUGUUGCAAUAUGAUGCAGAAAUAUUCGCCCCGUGUCCGCAUUCCAAACCAUGUCCACGAUUCAUGACAGAUGAAACUCCAUGCAAUUUUGAAGUAAAAUAUUCAACUAUACCUCUAGCUGUUGUAUCCCAAAUCAAAACAGAACGAUUCAGUUACAUAGUUCUCAGAAAAAAAGUUAAUGUGAAAAGUGAUGAGGAAGUAUAUGAUGACAAGGGUGAUUCUGUUACUUGUACUUGGCCGAGAAUAGUUAGGCCCACUUUGGUGAGGUCGAAACACACCGUGUGCAGAAUGUGCACUUCUGAUGGUCAAUUAAAAGAAGUCGUUGUUACUGCUGCUAAACAUGGAAAAACGGCUUACCAUUGUGUGAGGUCGAGCAAAUGGGGUGAUUUGUUACCCGUUACUUUAACAGAAGUCGAGGAAAAGUCAAGAUUUAGUCAUAGUGAUAAUGAGACUGAUGAAUAA